AUGAGCAAGAAAUCUAUAUUUGAUCAACUAAAAGCAUCAGCUAAUGGUGUAGUUGUAGAUAAGAAGAAAAAAAUACCGAAAACCAAUAAAUCUAAUAAUGAUGAUGAGAUAACAUAUAAAUUUGCGGGGUAUGUUUUGUCAAAUCCAGAUACUGGUUUCACGAUAUCUCCAACUCAACAGCCACAAAAUAUAAAGAAAGAGCCAUAA